AUGAGGAUCCUCUACCUGCUCUUCGCUAUUGUCUUCCUCCUCUUCCAGGCUGCUCCAGGUUCUGCAGAUCCUCUUUUUCCUGACACCGCAGAGUGCAGGAGCCAGGGAAAUUUCUGCCGUGCUGGAACAUGCCCACCCACCUUCGCUGUCUCAGGGUCGUGCCACGGGGGGCUGCUGAAAUGCUGUUCAAAGUAA